AUGUCCUUCCUGGCGUUGGCGAGUCUGAACAAGCACAAUGAAGCCGUGGGGUACUACAAGAAAGCUCUGGAGCUGGACCCCGACAACGAAACCUACAAGUCCAACCUGAAGAUCGCAGAGGACAAGAUGGACACCUCCAGUCCGACGUCCGGAAUGGGUGGCGUGGAUCUCGCCGGACUCCUCAGUAACCCCGGCUUCAUGAACAUGGCGUCGUCUUUGAUGAACAACCCUCAGGUGCAGCAGCUGAUGUCGGGGAUGAUGUCUGGAGCGAUGGGACCAGGGCCAGUACCGGGACCCGGACCAGGACCUGCAGCUGCGGCCUCUGCUGCAGCUUCUGCUGCUGCGUCUGCUGCGGCUGGACCAGGAGAUCUGACUGGACUCAUCCAGGCGGGACAGCAAUCAGAAACAGGCCUCCGAGUGCAAGCAACGAGGACCAGCCCUGACCCCAGUGCAGUUCGGACCAUUUCAGAGCUGUGGUUUUGUUGCCGAUCCGGACUCCAGGGGGCGUCGUUUCCGUCUCUGAAUAUUCCCCGCAUGAAGAGCAGCAGCAGAAGAAGCCCGUGUGGUUUUUAG